UGAGGUUUUGUGAAUUUGAAGUCCUCACCAGACACAUUCAGUGACAAAGCAGAGAACGUCGUAGGCUGCGCAGGUGGAACUGGAACUGCCUUUGAGAGACCAGCAUGACCGAGUCCUACACCCAGGGGCCAGCUCCCCCAAGAGGCAAUCCUGGCAACAACGGCACAUGUGAGGUCCACGACGGCUUUCUUUCUCUGGUCCUUCCCACCGGAUACUCCCUCAUCUUCAUCGUCGGACUGCUCAGUAACAUUGCGGCGGUCGGUGUCUUUUUCACGAGGAGUCACUUGGACUCUUCCAUUACAGUGUACAUGAAGCAUAUGGCCCUGGCUGACCUGCUCCUGAUUCUCUGCCUUCCGGCACGGAUCUUUUAUCACAACCGCCAUGGACCCUUUUACCUUUGCAGGGUGGUGGGUAUUGCAUUCUAUGUCUCCAUGUACGCCAGCAUCGUCUUCCUGAGCCUCAUUAGCCUCGACCGCUAUCUUAAGAUAAUCAAACCCGUGAGGGUCUUCAGGAUCCAUCAGGUGGAGUGGAGUCGCAAGGCUGCGUACGUCACGUGGACUGUCUUUGCCCUGAGCUCCCUGUACUUCUUAAUCAGUGACAGGGGAAGCAAGCCUUGCGACACCAUCUGCUUCCACUUCCACAGGAAAAAACUGACGGGAGGGGUUAUCAACCUCAUGGUGGUUGGCCUCUUUUAUGGCCUCUUCCUCGUAUUUAUCUGCGUCUAUGGGACAAUCGCCAUGAAGCUAAGAACUAUAACGCUCGGUGGCAAUGAGUCCAAAGCCAGGAGUCGUAGGAACAGGGUAGUCAUGAAGACCUUUGUGGUGCCCACCGUUUUCACUCUUUGCUUCCUCCCCUACCAUGUGGUGCGCGUCCCCUACGUCCUCUCCCAAAUGGACGUCAUCCAGGAAGAAAGCAGCAAGCAGAUGCUGCACAUCCUCAACGAGCUGGUGCUAUGCCUGUCCGCCCUCAACAGUUGCCUGGAUCCUGUCAUCUACUUUUUCCUGUCCCGCAUUUUCAGGAAAACCAUCCUGUGCGCCAUCCAUGGAAAAUUCAAGAAGCUGUACAACGUGAACCAGAGAGGAAUCAUUUUCAACAGAUCAGUAAAUGGGCUUGUUAGGAAAGAGGAAACUUCUGAGCAGCUAUGAACAUUCUCCUGUAUCGCACAGGCAAUACACACAAUAUCAAUCGCAAUAGCUGGUCUCAAGGGGUCGGUGACGCCUUUAUUCAGCUCGCUAAUUCUCUAGAAGACUCCACAAAUUCUUUGAGUGACUUUUAUUAUGCGGCCGGCAGCACUAUGUGGGCUGUCUACUCCUUGCUGAAUUUCCUCUCUACACUUUU